ACUUACUUCCAUGCACAUUUUGUCUAUUCCGAAUUCUGCGUUAUUUGUAUCCGCGUCGUUUUGGUUUCGUAAAUAAUUUGUUCUAAAAUCCAAAGACAGUAUUCGUUUGCUUACGAAAGCAUACAAUUCUGUGACUGAGACUACCUCUUUAUUAUUGUAACUCCAGUGAAUAUUCCUGGAUCAAAAUGGUAAAACUAACAACAGAAUUAAUUCACAAUUCUAUGCAGUUUAUGAAUCCCUGCCGGGAUCGCGAAUUAGAUUUGAGAGGUUACAAGAUUCCGCAAAUUGAGAAUUUGGGUGCAACACUAGACCAAUUUGACACAAUUGACUUCUCUGACAAUGAUAUUAGGAAGCUGGAUGGUUUUCCUUUAUUGAAGAGAUUAAAAUGUUUGUUGUUAAAUAACAACCGAAUUGUGAGGAUUACUGAAAACCUAGAGCAAUAUAUUCCUAAUUUAGAAUCACUUAUAUUGACAAACAACAGUAUCACCGAGUUAGGAGACUUGGACCCGCUGGCAACAUUGCCAAAACUGAGAACACUUUCUUUGAUGCACAAUCCUGUAGCAAACAAAUCACAUUACAGAGCUUAUGUUGCAUUUAAAAUGCCAGAACUAAGAUUGCUAGAUUUCAGAAAAAUUAAACAAAAAGAAAGAGAUAAUGCAAAUGCAUUAUUUAAGAGCAAAAAGGGAAAGGAGUUACAAAAAGAAAUAUCAAAAAAAGCAAAGACAUUUGUACCUGGAGGCAAUAUGCCUGAUCCAAAAUCCACCAAUCUUACACCGCAAGAAAUCCACAAGAUCAGAGAAGCUAUCAAAAAUGCUUCAUCAUUACAAGAGGUGGAGAGGCUAACCAGAAUGCUCCAAUCAGGACAAAUACCUGGACAGAAACCAUUGCAGCCACAAAUACAACCUAAUGGUCAACGCUUCUGGAAUCCAGUUCUUUCACAAGAUCCAAUGGGUAAGAUAUAUUUAGCUUAUAAGUACAUAUUAUUAAUAAAAUUGAUAUAAUACAUUACUACUUAAUAAAUAUUUGAUAUUACAUUACACAUUUCAGAUGUCAGCAGAAGAAACUAAGCAGAAGCCAAUCUUAAUUUUUUUUAUAAUAAAGAAUGAACAAGAUCUUGAGCACAUCUUUUUUUAUGUGCUCAGGCAGAUGCAAUUGUUCAUACAUCUAUUUCUCACUUAAAUAUCCCUGUUGUGACCCUGUUUGUCUCUUUGUCUUAAAAAGUCAUGGAUUUGACCUAAUUUUGCCAUUUAUAUACAUAUAAAGUGUAGUUGAUAGUAAAAGACAUAAACAAAGAAUGCUAUUAAAAUAUGUAAAUAGUUGUAGAAUUUAUCAUUUACAAAGUGCCUUUUGGUCAACAUACCAAUUUAUAAUAUCUUUUUCAGUCACAUUUACAACAAGGCAGUAGCGACAUAAUAAACUUAUCAA